UCUUCAGCAAAAGGGGGAAAGUGCUGAGUCUCUUGUGGGUGACUUUUUGCAUUUGCUGUCAAGGCUUUUGGGGAGAGAAGAGCCCAACCGAAGUGCCUCUGUCAACCUCAGCAAAGAGGAGAAAGGGAGACUUGGAAGAAACCAAACACACUUUUGCAAAAGCAGAAAGUUUCAGAAAACCAAACUUUUUGCUAAACUAAAACUUUUGCAAAACCCGACUUUUGGAGGCAUUGCCGGAUUACUCCGGUCUGGAUUUUUAAAGCAGAAAACGACGCCAAGAACAACUCAAGAUGUUGAUGAAAACGCCGCUUCUCCUUUUCUUAUUAGGGAGUUUAUCGUUCUGCGCUUUGGCGGAGGAAGCAAGCACACCUGUCCUGGAAGAUGAAGCAGCCACUGCUGAUCUCAGUGACAGUCUGGUUUCAGAAGCACCGACGGAGGGAGUGAUGACCACCGACAGUGUCCUGUCGACCAGCGAAGACAGUGAGAACACGACUGACCCGGGUGUGCCAGAGCCCUCUGAUGAUGGUCUGGAAACGGCCACCAUGGCUGGGAUUAUCAUUGGCAUCAUUGUCGCAAUUGGUGUCGCCACUGGGAUCAUCAUUAUCAUCGUGAAGAAGGUGUCGGGCAGGUACUCGCCCUAACAAGGAAAAACCAUCGUGGGGGGACAAAAUCCUCAGAUCCUCCAUUUUGAGCAUCUCUUCCACCUGCGGGGAAAAGGACUUGCCAAAGAUUUGCCACAAUACUGAGACUUAUGGUCAACCUAUGAAGACCCAACCCAUAGUUUCCUGGAGUGAGACAUUUAGGAAUGGGGACGAACGUGGCAUUUUCCUCACCUAUGAAUAGAUCAUUUUUACUCUAAUAAUUAUUAUUAUUUUAAGUGGACAAACGUCUACGUUAGGAAAAAUGAAAAUAAAAGAAGCAAGCCUCUUUUUUUGGUAGCUCUGCAGUGCUUCCUGCAAAUAACUUAUUUCCUUUUCUUAAAACAAUGGCUUGUGAUGCUUCAUGAAAUGCCUAGAGCAAGAUGGCUUCACAACUUGGAGCGUCCUUUCUGCUUUCUUUCCAGUGUCGCAGCAUCGUCAAGGUAGGAAAAAAGAAACAAGAGAGCUCCCCAACCCAACAGGACUGGCUUUCUACGUUUGGAAGAAAUACAUAUCUCCAUCCUAAGUGUAGGAGUCUUCCUAUGUAACUAUUAGAGAGAGAGAGACGGCAUACAUUAAACCGAGUCGGAAACAACCAUCAUUUUAAAGGGAAAGCUCAUCUUCAUUAUAUUCUUCAUUCAAAAAUUCUGACAUUCGGACCCCUCCGAUUCUACAACUAGAAUAAACAGUGCUUGAAAGUGUCAUGCCAGGCUUUUAAUAUCCAUUUCUGUUUUAUAUACACAGUGGGUCCUUGGUAUCCACUUAGGUUUGGUCCCAGGAUCCACCGUGGAUAUCAAAAUCCAUGGAUGCUCAAAUCUCUACGCCACGUUGGAGCUCUAAUUCUAAGUACUCAUCCCUAAAAUGCCAAUUUUGGGAUCCCACGGGAUGGAGCCAUGGCUGUUGAAUUGGAAUUGUCACACUAUAUUUCUGUAGUGUGAAAGGCCCAAAGUUCAGCAUUUUUGGACACCUGGCCAAGGAACCGCACCUCGACAGGAGACCCACCUGGACCUUCUCCACUUCUUCAACCUCCUUAUUCAUCUGCCUCUCAUCCUCACCUGCAUAACGUUCUUAGGAUCUCUUGGGAUGGAGCUAUGGGAGUUGAAGUGGAAUCGCCACACUAUAUUUAUGUAGUGUGAAAGGUACAAAGUUCAAUAAGGUUGGACACCUUGCCAAGGAACCACACCUCAGCAGACCCACCUGGACCAGACCCACCUGGACCGUCUCCACUUCUUCAACACUUCAACCUCCAUACUACUUGUCUCUCCUCCUUCACUUGGAUGCUACUCUUGAGGAUCCCACGGGAUGGAGGCCAUGGUCAUUGAAUUGGAAUUGUCGCACUAUAUUUGUGUAGUGUGUGAAGGCCCAAAGUUCAGCAUGGUUGGACCCUGGCCAAGGAACACACCUUGGCAGGAGACACACCUGGACCUUCUCCACUUCUUCAACACUUCAACCUCCAUAUUUAUUGUCUCUCAUCCUCACUUGGAUGCUACUCUUAGGAUCCCACGGGAUGGAGCCAUGGUCAUUGAACUGGAAUUGUCGCACUAUAUUUGUGUAGUGUGAAAGGCCCAAAAUUCAGCAUGGUUGGACCCUGGCCAAGGAACCACACCUCGACAGGAGACCCACCUGGACCUUCUCACUUCUUCAAUGCUUCAGUCUCCAUAUUUACUUGUCUCUCAUCCUUACUUGGAUGCUACUCUUAGGAUCCCACGGGAUGGAGCCAUGGUCUUGAAUUGGCUUGUCGCACUAUAUUGUGUAGUGUGAAAGGCCCAAAGUUCAGCAUGGUUGGACCCCUGGCCAAGGAACCGCACCUCGCAGGAGACCCACCUGGACGUCUCAUGCUUCAGUUCCUUAUCGCCUGCC